AUGACGAGCAUCAUCUCAUCCAGCAUGCUACCAACAACAUACUCCUCCUCAUCGAUUCCAGACCGCUACCUCUGGCUCGGCCUCGCCGCGUUCGCCCUCAUCGCCGCCAGAAGCGUCCGCUCCGCCAUCACUGAGUCCUCGAGACUUCUCGCCGAAAGAGAAGCAGAAAGAGAAGCAUGGAAGGAGGCUACCGAGGACAUUCGAGCUUUUGAAAGACGAGGCAUACAAGAUCCUCCACAGGGAAGAGCGAGACUUGACGGUCAAGGCGACAUCUCCUCUCAGACAUACCGCUCCCUUACAGAAUCUUCAAUCUCCGUCGCAACCCUCAAAACCCUCUCCACCUCCCCAAACCCACAAAUCGCCUCAUCCGCCCACUCCCUCCUCACCACCCGCCUGAACUCCACACCCGUUCAAACAGCAACCUGGCUCGCCACCGACCUCCGCAGUCCAGACCCACUCAUCUCCCACCGCGCCCGCACAGCCGUGAAAUGGCUACAAUCCACCGGCGAAGCGCACGAGGUCAUGACACAACUCCACAAAUCCGGCGCAUGGAAUUCCGAGCUUGACGAAUGGGCAUUCAGCGACGAUGAAUACGGCUACGGCGAUGAGGGUGGUGGGGUGGAGGAUGGAUAUCAGGAGUACGCACACGCGCCAAUCGAGCUAUUUGCGCCGAAUGCGCGGAUGUUUGGACGGGAAGGUUUUGCGGGGUAUCGAGAGGAUGUGGCGAGGAGAGGGAACAGGAGGUUGGAAAUGAGGGGGCCGGGGGAGAGGGCGGAGAGGGAGAUUGAGGAGGAGAUGAGGAGGAGACGGAAUAGGGAGACGGUUGUUGUUGGUGGUGGGGGGCCACAGGUGAGGAGGGGGGCUGUGGGUGAUAGUGGGUGGGAGUGA